GUUAAGGCAGGUUACUAUUCUACUCCCAGUCACCUUAAUUACUACCUAGUAGGUAGUAGGAAGUUAGUCCAAUCAGUCAUUAUGACAACGAGUACGAGAUAAUUACGUACCACCACCUCCACCACAAGUCUACAACCACGGCCAACCGAACUGACACCAGGCAACCUGGAAGGGCAGGCCAAGGCAGGUCAGCUCUCCUCGGGGACAGCCUUUCUCCAGCCUUUUCCAGCCUCUCUCAGCCUGUUUCCUAUUCCAGGCAGGCGAGGCAGCUGAUCGUUGGUUGCAUGGGGGGUUCACACUGUUUGACAAUUGAUCCCUGUCACCUAUGACUGACCACCCUUAUCGAUAACGAUAGACACUUUGACAACCAACAACGUCAAUACCACCAUCACACUUACUCAAACCCAUACCACCCUCAAGAUACACCACAACUCCCACACUCCAUGAUAUAUUAUGCCAUGAUAUGACGCUCCACCAUGGAAACCGCUCAUCUCACAAAGGCGCACGAACAUGCCCGCAACGCUGCCACCGCCACCUAUAGCAACAGCAUCGUCACCGCGGGGGCAGAGCAUGAACUUGCUGCCUCCGCAUUUCGCGAUGCUGCCCAAGACGCCCACAACGACGAGGCCCUCCGUAUUCUCGCCCUCCUCGAAGAUCACCACCUAAAGCUCGCCAGUCUGAUCAAGGAACCCCCGCGCGCCACAGAACCCAGCAAGGACACCACCUCAUCCAUUCCUGAACAUGCCGAUACUCACAGCUCCACUGGCCCUGCCAAAUUAUCCUCCUCCCGUAGCUUGUCUCCAUCAAACACACGGGCACCUCCCCGACGUAGACUCCCUCAGUCGUCUAUAGCGAGCAAUCUUGCGGAGAAGAGGGGGAUCCCCGGCGCGCGGAGGAGCACGCCCAGCGCAUCUUCGGUAUCGGUGACAAACGCUCUCGCAACUCGAAAUGAACAGACUUCGCCUUCGGUUCGGGAUAUGCUACAGCAGCAGCAGUCGCGCAAGUCAGAGUCAAACAAGAGCAAGGAAGAUGAACCCAACGAGCCCGCAAAAUCGAAAGCUCCUCCGCUUCGCCGAGACGUAUCACCUCCGCCAGACGAUAACUUCAGGCGGUUCUACUCCGCCUUUGGAGGCGUGAUAUCCGCCAUAUCGGCACCGCUAGCAUUCACGUCACUCCCACUCAACCCACUAUCGUCUUCGCUAUACGGCAAGGAAGAUCCUCCAGCGACGCAAACGCCCCUCCAACCAGCCAACAAAUCGAAACCCACGACCAAAAAAUCCGACCAACACCACUCUCUCGAAGCAUCCCGAACCAUCAAAUCCUCAGAGCCCGACCUCGCAGCCCUGAUCUCCAAACCCGCACUUCGAGCCCUCCGAGAAGACCAAUCCGCACCCCUAGGCCCCUUCGCAAACAACGAAUCCUUCUACUUCGUCCCGACAUCAGGCGGCACCGUCUCGUACGCCAACAUCCUCCGCGACCCCCAGGCACACCCUCACCACGCAGCGCAAGACCCGCACCUCGACUCCAUCGCGGAGGGCGACAACGAAGGCGGCAGCAGCAGCGCCGGCGCCCUGGGCCUCCGAGGAAGCUCUCACGAAGAAUUCGUCGACGCACGCGAGAACGUCGGUCCCCCCUCCCCAACCACUCCCCGCCGCCCACGCUCCUCCAAAGGCCCCUCCUCCACCACCACCCCUUCCGGCGGCGGCGUCACAACCGCGCAAACCAUCCGCGCCGGCCGCGGGCAAGGCCUCAAAACCCUCGAGGAACUCCACCUCGAAAACGAGACCCUCCGCGCCCUCAUCGACAAGCAAUCCAAGCGCCUCUCCAUGUGGGAAACCACAUCCCAAUCCUCGUACAACGCGCUCGCACAAUCCUUCCGCGCCCGAGGAGGCGGCGGCCCUACCCUCAAACCCACCCUCUCCGACCCCUCAGCCCUCGCACAAGCCCUCUCCAUGGGCUCCAACGCCCUGCCGUCCCCUCCCCCAGUCCCCAACAUCCCACCACAGUACCACCAACCGGGCGGCACGCCCAAAGACACGACCACGCAAACCUCCACCCCCUCCACGGCAAACGAAACCGAAACCGACGACGCGAAGAAAAGAAUCGCAGACCUAGAAUCCCUCCUCGCGACCCACGCCGCGCAGAUCUCCAGCCUAACGGCGGAUAACCAGCGGCUGUCCCGCGACAAGGAGCGCAAUGCGCAAGUCAUCUCGCGGUACAGGGAGCAGUGGGAGAAGCUGAAGGCGGGGGCGCGGAAGAAGGAGCAGGAGAGGAGGGAGAGGCGGGUCACGGAGUUGAGGGCUGGGGAGGGGCAGCAGCAAGGUGGGAAUGGGAGGGAUAGUGAGAGUGGGGGGACGACGACGGGGGAUGCGGAGGGAGAAGGGGAGGAUGAGAUUGGGGAUGCGGGUGAGGAGGGGUUUGGGAAGGCUUGA